AGAGAAAAUUCCACGUGACCACACGGUAGAGAGACGCAAACUCCUAAUAUACAGCCAGCAUCAGAUAAAACCCAGAUCCUUCUGUACACCAGGCGAGGGAGAUAACAUUGCUGUCUUACCAUAGACACCGAAUUGUGCACUGAGCUGUGGAAGGAUGAGUCUAUCUCUCGAUACUCAUCUCACGAAUGAGCUUUCGAAGCUGAUCCUCUUUGAUUUAUGUUAAUAUCAAAAACAACUAAUUUCUUUAAGUGUAUUUUUUCUUUUCAUGUGUUUUUCUAAAGAGUAGAUUAUUUUGAUAUAUUCUGUUAAUUAAAGUUAAAUCCCAACAGGUGUGUACAGUAGCCGUGUGCAUUGUGUUUGUACACAUAGGAUGCAGGUUCACAUUCCAGGCAGUCUCAAUGUCAAAAACGACAAUGAAAAUAUUUUAAGAAUUUUACUUCCUUCUUCACCGUCGCUAUAAGAGAGAGGCCCUGGUCCAGCGUCUCACUGAGCCACACAGCGAGCGAUCCCAGCGAAGCCAUGGGUCAUGGCGAGCGCAACUCCCAGUGAGAGUGUGGAUAGUGAGCUGUGCUGCUCCAUCUGCCUGGACACGUUCAUCUGCCCAUCCACGCUGAGCUGCGGACACUCGUUCUGCCUGCGGUGCCUGGAGGUCGCCUGGGAGACGGCGAGCAGCUUCAGCUGCCCGCAGUGCCGAGCUACCUUCCCUGUACGACCCCAGCUGAGGAGGAACGUGGCCCUCGCCAACCUGGCAGAGCAGCUCAAAGUUGGAGACGUGAUGGCCGCGGUCGUCGUGUGUGACAUCUGCAGCGAUGGCCACACUCCUGCAGUGAAGACCUGCCUGAGAUGCGAGAUGUCCUACUGUUUUUCUCACUUUAGGCCUCACCAGGAGAAUCCCAGGUUGAGGGACCACACUGUGGUGGAUCCUACUGCGAGCUUGGAUGAGCGAAGAUGUCCUAAUCACAAAAGGGAGCUGGAAUUCUACUGUACAGUAGAGAGCAGCCUGGUCUGCUCAACUUGCACCAUCGCAGAUAAACACACAGGACACAAGGUCCUGACGCUGAAGGAUGAGCACGAAACACGGAAGGUGAGGCCCUCAGAGUGAGACACCAUAACACGAUCUGACCAAAUCUGUCACUCUGCUACACAACAUCUAAUGAAAAACAUUAUCGUGUGUUCAUGCUCUCCC